AAUUGAAUUUAACAUCUCUUAAAACUUGAAAUAUACGAUAUUUAGUUUCUGAACCAUUUCAUUUGAAUUUCACAAAAACUGUCAGUUUCGGUCAAUAUACAAUACUCCGGGGUAUAUAUGAAAGAGGGUUGCAAGAAUUGAAUAAAAUGUUGAAAUUGAAAUCUUCCUCCCCAACUCUUAAGACACUAACUCUGCAGAUUCAGGGUCUACAUUAAUGACCUGCCACUGAGAUCAUGGGCCUGCCACAGAUCAUGGAAAUCCACUUAUAAGAGGUGAAGAAUUUCCUCACUUUCAAAAAGACAAUAGUUAUUUCCAUGAAAAACUUACUGCUUUUACAGUUCACAUGAAGAAGAAGAGUCAUAGGUGCUCUUCAGCAGUGUCUGAGAAAGAAGACAAAGGUAACCAACAUUAAUAGUGUGAAGCCUGAGCGUUUCAAACAGAACAACAAGUUAAAAAAGGAGGGUGCAAAGUAAUAAGUGGGUUUCUGUUUGGUUCAGAACCGAAAAGAGAGUCCUGCUCUGAAUCAAUGAAUUUCUAAAUUUCAGAAAUUGGAGGAGUGGGGGUCUGUUUCUCUGAGGUAAAGGAACAGAGAAGAAAAGUAAAAGAGUGUUAGUAGUGAGCAGUAAAAGCCCCUAAAAACCGUACAAUCAUCUCUGUUCCAGACACCCAACUCUGCAUAGUCCUCACUCCUCAGAAACCAAAAAAAAAAAAAAUUAAUGGUUUAAAACUGUGAUAAAGACUUCUCCUUUAUUCAUUUUUUUACUCACUUUUUUCAGUCUUUUCUUUAGUUUAUGGGUUUCCGGAGAGUGUCAGAGACAAGAGCUGCCACCACAGCAGAAGCCAGAAGGAACAGAGGUGCAGUCAUAAUACGUGCAGAGGAGAGAGAGAAACAGAGCAAAAACAGAGAGAGAGAGAGAAAGAAAAGCUUAAAGAAGGGAGGUGGCAGGGCAGUAGAGCUAAGCACUGUUAUUCAGAACCAUUAGUUUUAUCCAUGUACAGAAGAUUCUGCAGCUUAAAUGGUCCCUGAAAUAAAUAUACCUACUCUACUCCACCCUCUAUUUUCUGCUCUAUUAAAUCAUGCACACUCUCCUCUCUGGCUCCUCUGCCUCUCUAUUUCCCUCUGAACCUGUCUGAAUAAGUUUUUGGGUUGCAUUUUCUUUGAGUAAGUCUGCUUGUUUUUUCAUUUUUGGGGUUUUAAUGAUGAGUAGUAGUGGUGUGAGAGGCAUGAGGUUUCCUUUUACUCCAUCUCAAUGGCAAGAGCUUGAGCACCAAGCUCUGAUUUACAAGUACAUGGUUUCUGGCAUACCAAUUCCUCCUGAUCUCCUCUUCUCCAUCAAAAGAAGCUGCUUGGACUCUCCUCCUCUCUCUUCAAAGCUCUUCUCUCCUCACAUUGGGUGGAACUGUUUUCAGAUGGGCCUGGGGAGGAAGAUAGACCCAGAACCAGGAAGGUGCAGAAGAACAGAUGGGAAGAAAUGGAGGUGUUCAAAAGAGGCAUUUGCUGAUUCUAAGUACUGUGAGAGGCACAUGCAUAGAGGCAAAAACCGUUCAAGAAAGCCUGUGGAAGUUUUCAAAGCAACACCACCAACAUCAGCAAAUUCAAACUCUAACUCAAACUCAAGCACUUCACCAAUCACCAAGAUUUUCAACUCACCUUCCAAUUCACUAAGCACACCCUUCCAUUCACUAUCGUCACUCUCACCCAAUGAAAGUAGCUACAAUAGUAGUAGUUCUGCCCAUCUUGAUGAUCAUCAUUUCCUUUAUUCAAGGCCAAACAUGGGGUUUUCACAGCAAGAAAGAGGCACCUCCUUGUUUUUGGAAUCUGCUUCGUACAAUAAUAAUCCCCUGCAUCCCAACUUAGAAUACAGAUCAAACAGGUUUGGUUAUGGGGUGAAAGAAGACGUGGAUGAGCAUGCAUUCUUCUCAGAGCCUUCAGGGAGUGUUAGAGGCUUCUCUGGCUCUUCUUCAUCUUUGGAUCAUCAUCAAAAUGAAUCCAAUUGGCAGCUCACAAUGAGUUGUUCCAACUCCUCUUCAAAACAGAGGACGUGCUCUGCUUUACAAGCAGAGCAAUACCCUCAUUUGCAGCUUCAGAACUUCAGUGACUCCAAAAUGGAGAGAAGAGAAGAAACCCAGAGAACCAUACAUCACUUCUUUGAUGAAGGGCCUCCCAAAGAGAGAGAUUCAUCCUGGCUUGAUUUGGAUGGUAACAGUAAAUCUUCAAACAGUGGAUCAGUUUCCACCACCAGGCUCUCAAUCUCCAUACCAAACUCUGCUCAUGACUUCCCCAUCUUCAAUUCAAGAAAUCAUCAUGAAGACUGAACAGCUUCCUGUACUGGGUUUCUGAAUCAGAGGGCCAAAACCUGUACUUACUUGGUGUCAACUCUUUUUUGUGUAAUGUCUAAUUAGUGAAGGGAGGAGGAGUACUAUUUUUCUUUUUCUUUUUCUUUUUAUAAUUAGUUUGAAUGUGGUUGAGUUGGGUUAUAAUUUUUAUUAUUGUGUUUUUAAAUGAAGGAUCCUAUGUAUGUCUCUGGCCAUCUUGGUUUGAUAUCCAA